CAGUUCUGGCCAUUUCUAACCUCUAAUGGAAUUUAGAUCUGGAAAAAUUUGAUUCAGGUCAUAAUCACAUUGAUUUUGAUCUUUGAUCUAGGAAAGGAGCAUAAAAUGUCGCUGUACGAGGGCAUCAGGUUAAUUUUGGACAAGCAAACCGUCGUUUUUGACAUUGGAAGCGCGUAUACUAAAUAUGGAUAUGCUGGGGAGGCAGUACCUCGCGGAAUAAUAAAAACGGAAGUGAAAUGUCCAGAGUCUGGGAAAAUAAGGAAGCUAUUCUCUUACGAGGAUUCACAGGACUUGUAUCAGCUUUUGGUCGAAUUCAUUCACUUACUCUUUUUCAGGCAUGUCAUUGUCAGUCCCAAAGAUAUGAAAAUAAUUAUUGUUGAGUCUCUAUUGACUCCGACAGAAUUCCGAGAUACUUUGGCCAAGGUACUUUUCCGACACUUUGAAAUUGGUUCCUUGAUGUUUGCACCUUCCCACUUGGUUGCUGUUAGUACUUUGGGAGUUUCUACAGCAUUGGUAUUAGACGUUGGAUAUAAGGAAGCAACGUUGAUCCCAAUUUACGAAGGUGUACCAGUUCUCAAGGCAUGGCAGGCCUUACCAUUGGCGGGACAAGCGGUCCAUGAGUGCAUAAAAGAAGAGUUAAAAACCAUUCUGCCUAACGAUGGCAGUGAUACUGAGAAGUUGAUUGAAGAUAUCAAGGUUAGAACCUGCUUUGUUACCACAAUAGAGCGGUCUCUCAAAUUGCAAACUGAUGAACCACCGAUCGCACCUCCAUCCGUUAAAUAUCCUGGAGUCAAGACUAUAACUAUACCUGGAUCGGUGCGUGAGAAAGCUUUUGAAUUAUUGUGGGAGAGAGACAACGACAAUUUGAGUAUACCAACCAUGAUACUGGAUGCUAUAGUCAAGUGCCCUGUAGACAUGAGACAUCCGCUUGCUGAAAAUAUUCUGCUGAUUGGAGGAACGACAAUGGCAAAGGGGUUUCUUUCCCGUUUGAAAUCUGAACUUUUGACAUUACUUCAGAGUAACUUAUAUUCUGAGAAGUUGAAAAUACGUACAGUCAAGUUUCACAAGGCCCCAAGCAAAGCUAAUUACACAGCAUGGCUUGGUGGUGCUAUUUUUGGAAUUGCAGAUUUGCCACUGCGUUGUUUGACUAAAGAAAAUUACCUAACAUCGAACAGAGUCCCAGAUUGGGCAAGUUUAAUUGAUAAUCAGAAAUCAGACUCAUUGAUAAAUAGUAUGUAAACUAUUACGUCUACCUAAUUUGUAAAAAAAAUGAAUUUGAUCCUAAUGUUCUUAUAAAAUUCCAAUUUUCAACAGUGAGUUACUAACGCAAUUGAAAAUCGUGACUCAAAAUUAAUGUUUUC